CAUCGUACAAAGGUCACAGCCACAGUAUAGAGCCCGUUCUGUGUUGUCAGUCUUGGUAGCUAAAGCUGAAGCAAGUAGACAUUUAAGGAUUACUAUGGUGGUGAUAACAGAGUUUCAGAAGAUUGGCGUAGGUCUAAUGGGAUUUGGUGCAUUUUUCUUACUCUUUGGAAUACUGCUAUACUUUGAUUCUGUCUUGCUUGCAUUUGGCAAUAUCCUGUUUCUGAUUGGUUUGACAGUUGUCAUUGGCAUCAAGAGGACAGUUCAAUUCUUCUUCCAAAGAAACAAGUUUCGUGGUUCUUUCUUCUUCCUGGGUGGUGUGUCUCUUGUACUCUGUCGAUGGCCAUUCAUUGGUAUGAUGGUGGAGACUUAUGGGUUUGUGGUGUUAUUCAGGUCUUUCUUCCCCAUCGCCUUUGGCUUUAUCCUGUCAGCUGUGAAUAUACCAUACUUCAACACAUUUUUCUCAACCAGCUCCUCAGAGGUCUGAUGGGAAGAUUUUGGAAGACAUUAAAGAUGGACUUGCAGAAUUCUGUCAGAAACAGUUGAGAAACAAACUAUUCAUAUGUAUUUGAAUACUCCUAAGUUGCUGAUCAGUACAAAUAUUUAUUUUU